CACGAGACACCAGGAAGCUGCCAGUCCACACGCGCGCUCACUGAGAUCCGAGGUUUGGGAGAAAAACGGAAAACCCAGUGGAACACCAAUGCCGACGGUGACGGCUGACGCCAGGAUAGCGGCCACGGGCUCGAAGCGAUGGCAACCCGGCUCUUGUCCCAAGAAAGGAAUCCGCUCCCCGCUGCCCUCCACGGUGGCGCAUCGCCGGCGGGGCUGCACGUUGAGCCCCAACUUUUCCAGGCGCUGAUGCUCGCUCUGCAGAGUUGGUCUGAUGGAGCAAAGGCACUCAGCGCAGCUCGGUACAAGAAGGAAACAAUGCGACCAGAAUGCAAACAGCAUGGAUCGUACUGGAAACUUGACACAGCACCAGAGAACACACACAGGAGAGAAACCCUUCAAGUGCACUGUGUGUGGGAAGGCGUUUGCACAGUCAUCAACUCUUCAGACCCACCAGAGAACACACACAGGAGAGAAACCUUUUAAGUGCAGUGUGUGUAAAAAGGUGUUUGCACGGUCAUCCAUUCUUAAAUCACACCAGAGAACACACACAAGAGAGAAAUCUUUUAAGUGCACUCUGUGUGGGAAGGCGUUUGCAUUGUCAUCAAAUCUUAAGAUCCACCAGAGAACACACACAGGAGAGAAACCUUUUAAGUGCACUGUGUGUGAGAAGGCGUUUGCACAGUCAUCAAAUCUUAAGACCCACCAGAGAACACACACAGGAGAUAAGCCCUUCAAGUGCAGUGUGUGUGGGAAGGCAUUUUUUUAUUCAUCUACUCUUAAACAACACCAGAGAUCACACACAGGAAAGAAACCUUUCAAGUGCACUGUGUGUUAGAAGGCGUUUGCACAGUCACCACAUCUUCAAAGACACCAGAGAACACACACAGGAGAGAAACAUUUCAAGUGCAUUGUGUGUGAG